UAAUCUGACACCCAGACUCUGAGCAGAAGGAUGGACCCUUAACUCGGCUGGGAGGACGGAAGGAAGGAGCAGUCAUCCAGCGAGCAGGAGCGAGCAGAAGCGAAACGCUGUACGCAAAAAAACAGCCCCGUGGCUCCAGCAGCGGAGAAGAUCUGGGUGCCAGCGCGUCUCCAGUUAACUGUCCGUCUCACUCAAAUGAUCUCAAAGCGACAAGUUUCACUUUCCACAUGCGAAUGGGUGACUUUCCGCAGCGCUUUGUGAGGAGAAGAGGAUGAAGAAUUUCAACAGCAGUGCCCUUCACAGCCAUAGCCAGUCUACCAACCACAUUAGAGAGCGAAACAACAGAAAGUACAGCUUACUCUCUGUUUUACCGUUGCGAUUUUCUCUCCGAGGUUAUGGGUUCUGCAUGGCUACGCUGUUUCUCUUCUGUUUCGGCUCCCUAUUUUACCAGCUGAACGGAGGACCUCCUAAAAUCCUGCUAGACAUCAGACAGUAUCUCGGUGGAUCCACGUAUCUGGAUGAUCACGGACAGCCUGCUCCAAGAGUACUCCCGUUCCCAAGCCAGGUGAUCUAUAAUCGUGUGGGAAAGUGCGGCAGCCGGACGGUGGUCAUCUUACUGAGGUUACUCGCUGAGAAACACCAGUUCAACCUGGUCUCCUCUGACAUCCACAACAAAACACGCCUCACUAAGCAUGAACAGGUGGAUCUAAUGAAAAAUAUCAGCAGUAUUCCUCAGCCAUUCCUUUAUACCAGACAUGUUCACUUCCUCAACUUUACAAGGUUCAAGAUAGAGCAGCCUGUGUAUAUCAACAUAAUCCGGGAUCCCAUCAAUCGCUUCCUCUCCAACUAUUUCUUCCGUCGCUUUGGUGAUUGGAGGGGCGAGCAGAACCACCUAAUCCGAACUCCAGGGAUGAAAGAUGACGAGAGAUACCUGGACAUCAAUGUUUGCAUCCUAGAGAAUUACCCUGAGUGCUCCAACCCAAGGGUUUUCUACAUCAUCCCCUACUUCUGUGGACAGCAUCCUCAGUGCAGAGAGCCAGGAGUAUGGGCUUUGGAGAGGGCCAAACAGAAUGUGCUGGAGAACUACCUCCUUGUGGGGAUAUUGGAGGAGCUGGAGGACGUUCUGCUCCUGCUAGAGAGGCUCUUACCUCAUUACUUUACUGGAGUACUCAACAUCUACAAGAGCCCUGAUUAUAGGAAAAUGGGAAACAUGACGGGCACUGUGCGUAAACAAACCCCCACUUUAGAGGCCCUGCAGGUGCUGUAUCACCGCAUGCGCUAUGAGUACGAGUUUUACAACUUUGUCCGUGACCAGUUCCACCUCACGAAGAAAAAAAUCGGCCUGAAGUCUGUUUCCAAACCCCCCGCCUAUUCAAAUGAUUUCCUGCGGCAACUGGCCCUUCGAACCCCAGAGCCUCUGGAUGAAGACGAGGAACUGGAAACGGAUCUGGAGGAUGCAAAUAGCUGGCUGGUUCAUCCCUAAGGGAUGCUCGAUGAACAUUAGACGCAGCCACGUAACGGCUGCUUAGCUAGGACUGGCUAAAGAAAACUGUACCCUGAGGACAAAGGGGAGGAGUUUCAAUCUUUCAGCGUCACCCAGAGAAGUGAGGUGCAACUCCCAACCUGACAGGCUCAGCACUGAAGACUGUAGAGUUGAGAAACUGGAUGGACAAAAUGCUCUAUUUAUAAAUUGACCAAGGGCAAUGGGAAAUAAUAUUCAACUCAAUCUGCUUGACUCAAGUUUUCCUUUUUAUAAUUUGGGCUUGUUUUUGGGUUCGUGUAAAAACCGUACUGUCGCUGUCAUCUCCAGGUAGAGAUUAGUGCAAGAUCUGGACAGCUAACUGUGAUUGGAAAUGUGCUAAAUGUUAUCGCCAGGUUGUUUACUAUAGGAGAGGAAUUAAAGGCAUUUCUCAAGACAGAUUGUCAAAGGAGCUUGCAAAGAAAAGCG